AUGACGAACCUACGCUGUGGCACCACCGGCGUGGUGACGUUCCUGCGAGGCCGCACUCUGUACGUGGCCUGGCUCGGAGACUCCCAGGUCAUUCUCGUCAGGAGAGGAGAAGUUGUGGAGCUGAUGAAACCUCACAAACCAGACAGAGAGGACGAGAAGCUGAGGAUUGAGGCUUUGGGAGGCUGUGUGAUCUGGUUCGGCACGUGGAGGGUUAACGGCAGUCUGUCUGUAUCCAGAGCCAUAGGUGACUCUGAACACAAGCCCUACAUCUGUGGUGAUGCAGACCACAAUGUCUUUCCACUGGAUGGCUCAGAAGACUACCUGAUCCUAGCCUGUGAUGGCUUUUGGGACACAGUAAGUCCAGAUGAAGCGGUACGAGUCGUCACUGACCACCUCCAGGAGAAUGCUGGAGAUACCUCCAUGGUAGCCCACAAACUAGUGGCAUCAGCCCGCGAUGCAGGCUCUAGUGAUAAUAUCACCGUCAUAGUGGUCUUCUUGCGGGACCCACGCUCCCCACCAGCCACUAGCACUGAGGAGGAGGAAGAGAGUGUAGUGGAGGGAGAGGAGGAGGUGGGACCAGAGCUGGACGACGAGGAACAGGAAGAGGUGGACAAUGAGGAAGAGGAGACGCUGAGGGUAGAGCGCAAUGGCAGUGAGGGAGGCCGCACCGUGGACAUUGGAGAAAAGGGUCGUAGCAGGUGGCCCUUGCAGCAGUGCUCGGCUCCAGCUGACCUUGGAUAUGAAGAUCGCACAGACUCAUUCACAGACAGAACUAGCCUCAGCCUCAUGGGACCAUCACCGGAAGGCCAUCUUUCCCUGACGCGAGGCCCAUUGCAGCCCUGCUUUAGCUUUAGCUCCAGCCUCUUCACAGGCUAUUCCUUCUUUCAGCAACAAGGCCCCCUUAAGUCCAGGUCCUGUAUCCCUUUUCAAGAGUCCAGCCUUCUGAGCUCCAUGGACCCACUGUGGCCCCAGGCAGCUGUGCUGACAGGGCCAUCAAAGAGGCAAAACCGCAUGGUUGGGUACGGUAAUCGCCAGUGGCGUCGGAGGUGGCCAGGCAGAUCCAGAGAGUUGCUAGGUCUCUUGCCUAGAGGCCACUUACUUCCCUGCAAACAGCAACCAUACAAAUGGAGGCCGGGAGUCGCAGUACCUCAACUUCUCCAUGAUGCCACGAUCUGAAGCAAUCACCCACAGCGACAUCAUCAGCUGCGUGUAUGAAACCCUUCUCCUUAACAGUCGGUACACUGACCCACCUCUGCCUUCGUCGCGUCAUUCUGUCAGGUUGUGUAUUUUAUGUCCCCACUGCUGUUAUGUAGCUUUUGAAUCUCUGUAGGAAAAGCAGUGCUUUGUGUCCUAAUAAAUUAUUUCAAAUGUAAGCUAGCCCCUUAAACACGCCC